AUGGAGAACCUGACGGACAUCCACAAGGUGAGAGAGGCCUUGGAGCCUUCCUCUUCCCUCAUGCCGGCACUCCAGGAUGAGCUUCGUCGCAUGCUGGAGAAGUUCCAGAAGCAGAAGGUCGAGAUCUCGUCGAUCUCCUCCUCCUCAGUCAUCCCGAGGGCUAGGCAGGAGAGAUACAAGCCGGAAGGAAGGAGGAAGUGGGGCGACAGCGACGAGGAAGGACUUGGCGACAUGGGCGGCAGCAGCAAGUACGGGCUGUCAGAGGACAAGGACUUGAAAGCUUUCGACGAAGACUUCAAGAAACUGAGGCUGGAGCGGGAGGAGCUGGUGGAGGAGACCAACGGGCUGAGGGCAGACAUGCGAUCCUUGAUCGGGGACGAGCGGAAGGGGGAGAGGAGGCACAAGCCGCAGGACGUGAGCUUCCUGCAGUACACGACUGCAUCGUCUCCCGCGAGGGGAGGGGAGGACGAGUCGCUGGUGGAUGACUCGCGCUCUCGACAGACGAGGGGCACUCUUGCACAGGAUGUGUCCAGCUGGUCUGCAGGAAGAGAUGAGGUGGACAAGAGGAGGGAGGUUGUCCUUGUCGCCAACAGAGGGUGGAAGGGGGAGGAGCACGGGAGGGAGCAGGCAGACGCAGUGCCGUCUGAGCGGCAGUCUUCACGUGCGAAACCUUCGAGGAGGGCUGCAACGCCCGAUGAGGAGCAGGAGGAGGGAGAGACGUCGAGGUCUGACCUCGAGUCGAAGUUCCGAGUGCUGUGCAGGAAGCAAGCAUCUCUGCAGGAGCAGGCGAUCACUGUUGAAGCUCGUGAGAAGUCGCUGAAGACGAGGGAGGAGAAGUACGCCAAGUUGCUGGAAGAGUUUGGCGAGCAGAGGACGAGGCUCAAGUCGACCCAGGAAGCUGUCUUCGCCCGCGCUGCCAAGCUCGAGGCAGAGGAGGAAAGGCUGAAGCGAAAGGAGCAGGAGAUGAACGAGAGGAUGAAGAGGAUGAGAGACGCUGAGGAGGAGGAGGAGAAGAGGAAGGCCGAAGCGCGGGCCGAGCAGGAGAGGAUGAAGAUGAGAGUGGAAGAGAUGGAUAAGAGGGAGAGAAACCUUCAGGCGCUUCAAGCGCAAGUUGAUGAAAGGGUGAAGAGCAGCGAAGAGAUGAGGAGGAAGGAGGCGAUCCGCGUGGAGGAGAGCAAGCAGGAGAUCAAGAAGCUGGCGGAUCGCCUGCAAGAACUUCUCGCGUCGAAUACAGAGGUUGAAAAUCUGCUCAAGGACGAAAGGAAGGGCCUCGAGGAAGAGAGAAACAAACUUGCAGCUAAGGAGCAACAAGUGAAGAGGAUGGGGAAAGAGCUGCAGUCGAAGUUGGAGGAGGAGGACGUUGUCAAGGUCUGUUUGCCCAGACAUGAGGAAAGUGGUGACAAGGAGACGGCAGGAGGAGCUGAAGGAGCUGACGAAGCGCGUGAGGGAGCUGGAGGAGACGCUCGGGCCCAGCUGAGCUUGUUCGCGGCAGUGCUGAAGGACGGGGAGCUGAACGAGGUUCAAGAGCAGCUGCAUGAAACAAUGCUGCUCGUGGAAGAAGAGCGAGCGAGGAGAGCAGAUGUGGAGCUCCAGCUGAAGAGGAGGCAGGAGGAAGUAGAGGAGCUUCAGCAGAGGAGGAAGGAGGAUGAGCUGGAGCUGGACAAGAGCCAGACGCUGGUGAAGACGUUGAAGCGACAGGUCGGCAGCCUGGAGCAGGAAAGGGCGAGGCAGGAGGACUCAGAAGAAGAGAGGAAGAAGCUGCAGACCUGGAUCGCUCAAGUCCGCGAGCGGGAGGAGAAGCUGACAAGAGUGGCCAAAGAGAUGGAAGAAGCGUCUGAGAAGCAGGAGGCGGAGCUUGAGGAGAGGAGCAAGACGCUGCGGGGCAAGUUGAUCCAGCUCGAGGAAGAAUACAAAGGGAAGGAGCAGGAGCUACGUGAGCGGGAAAGGGAGCUGAGUAGGAGGGAGGAGCAAGUGAAGCAGCAGCAGCUGAAGGUGGAUGCGAGGGAGGAGCAGGUGCUGGAGCAGCAGGCGUCGCUGGAGCAGCAGGCAGAGAGGGUGCGCAAGGAAGCAGACUGGAGCAGCCAGCAGAUGCAGACGCGCAUUUCCAAGGAUGCAGAGGACCUGAUGAGACAGCAGGAGGCCCUUGCAGCUCUUAGAAGCGAGCUGGAAAGAAGGGAGAAGAACCUGCAGGAGCGGGAGACCAGCCUGGCAAAGUGGGAAGGAGAGAUCAAACAGUCGGCCAUGGAGGCUGAGCGGAUCAUAGAGGCGGCGGAUGCUCGUCGGGCGGGAGUGCAAGAGUCGCUCUUCACCCUCUCCCGCGCGCAAGCGGAGCGGCAGACGCACAUGACGGGGCUGGAGAGGAAGGAGGAGACGCUGAGAGAGCAGCUCGGGCUCAUCGACACGAAGAUGGCGCAGCUGCAGGAGAGGGAGAGGAACCUGAGUAGGGAGAGCUCUCGCCUGCAGGAGGAGAGGAGGAAGUUCCAUCAGGAGCAGGAGGACGCGGAGCGGGCAGCCCGGGAGGAGGCGCAUGUGUUCGAGCACACCAGCAGCGAGAUCCGCAAGAAGCUGGAGGAGCUCGCGUCCCAGGCGUCAGACCUGCAGGCUACUCGUGCCGAGCUUGAGGCUCGAGAAAAGGAAGUGAGCGCUGUCGAGGCCAGGCUGGAGUCUAAGGCCAGGAAGCUGCACCAUCUCGAAUCCUCGCACGGAGCCACCAGGAUGUACAGCACGGGCAUGAGCCAGUCCCUCUCCGCCUCCGACCUCCUCCGCCCAUCCGCUUCUGACCAUCUUGCCUACCCCAUGGAUCCCAUCGAACAUCUUGCCAUGAUCGAGCGGAGAGCAGAAGAGGUCCGGCGCAAGGAGCAGGAGCUGGUGGAGAAGCGGAGAGCUCUCGAGCGAGAUGUAGAGAUGCACAACAGUCGCUUCUCGUUGGUGGAGCGAAACCUGCAGAAGAAGAUUCAGAAGCUGGAGAAACUUUCCAAGGAUCGUUGA